AUGAAGCUGAGCAUAACUGCCCUCGUCAGCAUUCUCCCUGCUUUGAGCUGGGCUUGUGCCACAUACCAGUUCUGCCUCUGUGGUAACAGCGACGGCAGUUUCCACGAGGAGGCAACGAAGAAGAUGUGCAAGAGCAAGCUCGGGACUUACAUGCAGUUUGACGAUGGCCGACACUACUGCAUUGCGGGCGUCGCGAAUGCCGGAAUCGCAGGCGCCCAGCCUUUACUUUUCAACAACUGCGCUGUCAGGAAGAUGUGUAACAACUACGGUUCCACUGGAGACUCGAACUGCUGGGGAAAGACGUGGUAA